AUGUCUGUUCCUUUAACCAAAGUCGAUUCCGCCAUCGCUGGCUUGUCCAUAUCUGGUGAGAAACCCGACACUGAAAAGGAGGUCAAGACCAAGACCCAUAGACGGUCCUCCUCAACGGCAGAAGGUGUCUGGAACAUCAAGGACCUUGAAGAGCAAAAGAUGGACAUUGAACUACCAAUCGAAACGCAGAAGACUGGGUGGAAACUCAACACCUCCCCCUCAACCAUUGAGGACAAAGAAAUCCUCAAAAUGUUCCUCGUCACCCCACCCGUCAAGAAGAUUGACCUACACUUCCCCCUUGGCCUAGAAGUCACCGCACGGAACCUCAAGGGCGUCACAAUCAAGGACGCAUUAGAUGCCAUCUACAAGCAGUUCAAGAAGAAGGCGGAUGAUGAACUUGACAAACCCUACCUCGCUGGUUUCGAGUGGGACAAGGAAGAGUGCUGGACCCGAUUGAUCGUGCAUCAGAAGAAGGAGGGUGCACCACAGCCAAGCAAAAAGAGCAAGAAGAAGUCCAAGGACGAGGCAUAG